GGUUUGAAGUUGGACAGAAGAACUGGGCAACCCCUUCAAAUUGCAGUACAAUUUCAGAGGACAUAACCACAACUGAACAAGAAGAUCUGGUAACAACAGACCCAAAGCUGAGAAGCACUCAAAAUCUACGCCUAUUAGAAGAUAUGACAAUGGUUGAAGAUGAUGAAACUAGAGGGUUUCAAACACGUCAGCUCUUUCCAAUGAAAAGUGAUGAUGAUUGUGGUGCCCUUAAGGGUGACAAAAAUGAUAUUGUUGAAGAACCCAUUACUGCUACCAUAGCCACUGGAACACACUUCAAGCCAAACAAGUUUUUUGAGUUACUGUGA